GCGCCGCUUCCAAAACACAGACAGCGCGCUGACCUGGAGCCUGAGCCAGAUGGCCUGAUGACCUGAGGCCCCCCUCCGUGGUUAAAGAUGUCGGUGGUAACGGUCCAGCUCGGUCAGUGUGGUAACCAGGUGGGACAGCAGCUGUGUGACGUCAUGUGGAGCGAUGCUCAGCACGCGGAGGGAAAAACAUACAGCUCGGUCAGCUGUGAGCGCUUCUUCCGGCGGACCUCACAGGGAGACUUUGAGGCCCGGGCGGUGCUGAUUGAUAUGGAGCCCAAAGUGAUCAAGCACAGCAUGAACAAGGCUGAGAAGUGUGGGAGAUGGAGGUAUGGAGAAACUUCCCACUUCAGCCAGAAACAGGGCUCUGGAAACAACUGGGCCAAUGGGUAUAGCGUCCAUGGCCCUCGUCACAGAGACGCGUUGGAGGAGCUGGUGAGGAGGGAGGUGGAGCACUGUGACAUGUUGGCAGGAUUCCUCCCCGUGAUGAGUGUUGCUGGGGGAACGGGGUCAGGAGUCGGUACUUUCGUCACUCAGUGUCUCCGAGACGCGUACCCUUCAUCAUUUGUCCUCAACCACCUCACCUGGCCAUAUGGGACUGGGGAAGUGAUCGUCCAGAACUAUAACUCUGUGCUGACGCUGGCUCACCUCUACCAGCUUUCCGAUGCGAUCCUGGUGCACGAGAAUGACACAGUGCACAGGAUCUGCAGCCAGCUGCUGAAAAUCAAGCAGAUCUCUUUCAAUGACAUCAACAGGGUCAUUGCUCACCAGCUGGGUGGGGUCCUGCAGCCCACACUGACCCCCGACUCCUGUGGAACCUACAGCAGGCAUCCUGUUGGCGAGUUGGUGAGUGCUCUGGCCUGCCACCCGGAGUACAAGCUGCUCAGCGUGUGCACCAUCCCUCAGAUGUCCAGCUCCUCCAUGGCCUUCAGCACGUUCAGCUGGCCGGCGCUGCUCAAACACCUGCGGCAGAUGCUCAUCUCCAACACCAAGAUGGAAGAAGGUAUAGACUGGCAGGUCCGACCACCUCCAGCCUCUGCAGGGCGGACCGGCAGCCUCGCCGCUGGCAGCUUUAACACCUCCCUGGCCAACCUGCUCAUACUGAGAGGGAAGGACGUCUACAGUGCAGAGACAGGCGCCUUUGAAGACUCAGCCAUUUAUACAUCCUGGCUCCCACCAGAGGAAGCGUUCAGCCUGUGGAAAUCCCCCGUUCCCUUCAAUAAGUAUGAGAAGUCUGCUACGCUGGUUAGUAACAGCCAGGCUCUGCUCAGACCUUUGGAUGACAUGGUGAGAAAAGCCUGGAACAUGUUUGCUUCCAGGGCCUACAUCCAUCAGUACGAUAAAUUUGGGAUAUCAGAGGAGGAUUUCCUGGACAGCUUUACAUCUCUGGAGCAGGUGAUCGCCAGCUACUCUCAGCUCUAGCAGUGAGAGAGGCAGCGAGCACAGCCAUGGACUGAUUGGAUCCUAUUGUAUAAAUAAUUCUGGUUUCUGCUUUUUAAAA